UUGUGUUUUUUUUUUGUUUUUGUUUUCUUUUGUUGCUGUUGUUGUUGUCGUCGUUGUUGUGUUUUUUUCGAUUCGAAUAACCGCCCAGUUUUGAAAAGUUGACGCGAUUUCAGUCCCAAAUCGGCAGCUCAGCAACGCGCAACGAGUGCAAAGUAAAGUUCUGCCCAGACCCCAAAGGACAUUUAUCACACAUGUUCAAAAAUAUAUAACCAACAGUGCGUCAACAAACUAAAACAAAGAAAACAAUUUCAACUAAAAAAUAAACAAAUUGAAAAAGAAAACUUAAAACCAAAAAGAAAACUCCAGCGAUAAGUUAAAGCCAAGCCCGGCACAACAUGCCGCAGCAGUCGAAAUCGCAGCUCAGAUAGGAAAAUUUCUGGAUCUGACACACACAUAUACACACGUCGCUGAGUGAAGCAACGCCCAAGGGCACGAACACGCUCCACGUUCCACAUUCCACAUUCCACAUUACAUAGAGCACAGCACAGGAUACAAAAAUGGUGCACGGACCGCCAGCUCGCAGAAAAUCACAGCAGCAGCAGCCGAACAACGGGAAUGGCAAAUCAAAUGGACAAUGCGAAAUGGAUAUGGAUCCAAUGCCCACGCCCCCAGAUGGAGGCUGGGGCUGGGUAGUGGUCUUUGGCUCCUUCAUGAUUCACAUAGUCACCGAUGGCAUGACCUACUCCUUUGGCAUAUUCUACAACGAGUUCCUCACGUACUUCAAUGAGGGCAAGGGCUACACCGCCUGGAUAGCAUCCAUAAUGGUGGGCGUUACCUUCUCGUCAGGUCCCAUCAGUUCGUCGUUUGUGAAUCGCUACGGCUGUCGGGCGGUGACCAUUGCGGGCGCCAUCCUGGCCGCCGGCUGCAUCAUAGUCAGCAUAUUCGCCCAGAAUGUGGCCACGUUGAUUGUGACCAUAGGCUUCGGCACUGGCCUGGGCUUCGGGCUCAUCUAUUUGCCGGCCAUUGUCAGUGUGACGCAGUACUUCGAGGCGCGUCGCUCGCUGGCCACGGGCAUCGCGGUGUGUGGCUCGGGCUUUGGCACCUUUGUCUUUGCACCGCUGACGGAGCUGCUGAUUGGCAGCUAUGGCUGGCGCGGCGCGAUGCUCAUCAUUGGCGGCGUCGUCCUCAAUUGCAUCAUAUUCGGUGCCAUGUUCCGGCCGCUGGAGGCGCCGCGUCCCAAAUCGCCCAAGCUGGCCAAAAAGCCAACGAUCAUGGAUCAGAAUGUGACACCAGCCGAACUGGAGCCGCUCAAGGCUCAACUGACUGGCACGAAACCAGCUACGGACCAGUAUCUCCAGCUGCCGCAGCGCCACGAUGCACCAGUCAAUGGUGGCAACGGCCUAUGCCGCUCCAACAGCGUGGGCCAUAAUCUCAAGACCAGUUUGAACAACAACUCCAAUGGCCUGAUCAGCGGGCAGUCCGCGAAUGCGACGACCGUGGUGAAGAGCAACAGCAAUGAUGAUCUGGGUCGCACCUAUGCCAGCCAGCCGCAGUUGAUGCCGCUGCGGGAGACGCAUCGCGAGCGCAGUGCCAGCGGCACCAUGUAUCGCCCGGAUGCAUUCUACCAGGGCUCUCUGCACAACAUACCGGAGUACGCCAGCUCACGGAAUGAUCUCUCGCACUCGCGCGCCGGUUCCGGCAUCAUCAAGCGCUAUGGCUCCCUAAGACAGAGUCAUUCGCUGGCCCAGAGUCAGGAGAUGACCAAAUGCUGCGGCUGCAUCAGCUGCUCGAAGGAGACGCGCGACACGUUCGCCGAAAUGAUGAACUUCUCGCUGCUGAAGGACGUCAUCUUUGUGAUCUUCUCCGUGUCCAACUUCUGUACGAGCAUCGGCUUCAAUAUGCCCUACCUGUACGUAGUCUCGCAGGCGGAGACGCUCAACAUAAGCAAGACCGACGCCAGCUACCUGAUCGCCUCGAUUGGCGUCGCCAACACCGUGGGCCGCAUCAUCCUCGGUUACAUAGCGGACAAGCCGUGGGUGAAUCGCCUGCUCAUCUACAACGUCUGCCUGACGGCGUGCGGCAUAGCUACUGCGAUGGUGCCGCUCUGCAAGGACUACAAUUCCCUGUUGGCCUACUGCGCCGUGUUCGGCUUCACCAUUGGCGCCUAUGUGGGCCUCACCUCGGUCAUUCUGGUGGAUCUGCUGGGCCUGGAGAAGCUGACCAAUGCCUUCGGCUUGCUGCUGCUCUUCCAGGGCAUUGCCAGCUUCAUUGGACCACCAAUUGGCGGCUGGAUGUACGACAUCACGGACUCCUAUUCGCCGGCCUUCCUCAUGGCCGGCAUCAUGAUCGCCAUCAGCGGCCUGGUCAUGUUCGUCAUACCCCCGCUGCAGCGCUACCAGGAGCACAAGGCUGACCAGAAGUUCAACUCGGAGCAGCUGGCGCUCAGUUAGCUCCAACGGCCAAAUCAUUCAUCAUGAUUAACGAGUGUAUCCAAACAUUUGUAUACUCUAUUUUCAUAUUUGUGUUUUUUUUUUGAUUAUUUUUUUAAUUUUAGUCUCUUAUGUAAGGGGAAAUUGCAUUGAGUUGAGAGCAGCGCGCGCUAGACAAAUGUAUGUAGUAAGGAGUAGGCUUAGGUUCGGGGCAAGACACACACACACACACACAGACACGCACAUAGCUAUAGACAUAAAUUAUUUAUAAAAGAACAUAGCCAAAAAAAAAGAAGUACAACAACAACAACAACAACUGAGCACGCUACGCUUUCUGCCUGGUUUUGCAUACCCUGGCAAAAGUGAGCUGCCUCUGCAUAAGGCAGCUGCCCCAGCGCCCAGGGUCAGGCUGGCAGAGCACAGUUUGACAGGCAUUGAGCAAUCUACAACAACAACAACAAACAAAUCGAGCAAAGCACAAGCAGCGUAUUGCGCCGUCGGCUACGCUCGGCCUGGCCCCAUUUUCACUUGUUUUUCUGCUUGGAUUUAUUUGCGUUCUAUUUCCCAGCAUUUCUGAUUGGAAAUUCCAAUUGGAAACCCUGUGCUUAGCUUUAAGUUGAUAUACUCGUGCGCCGCAGACAAGCACAAAGACAAAACACAACAUAUUUCCUCUACACACACACACACACACCUAUACUCUAUGCAUGUAUAUGUAUA